AUGUCCGAUACCGUCGACCUCGGCGCCCUCGCGCGCGCCCUUCCGCCCGAGAGCGACGACGGGAACCGAGAGUACAAACGGUUGCUCGUCGGCGUCUCCGACGAGCGAUUCGAAGAACUCACGACGCAACUGAAAUGGCGGUGUCACGAGGGCGACGGCGAAGCGCUGUACGAGCUGGGCGUGAGCGACGACGGGGAACCGGUGGGUUUGACGGAGAGCGAGUGCGCGGAGAGCUUGGAGACGUUGAUUCGAAUGGCAAAGGAAAUCGACGCCACGUGCUCGACGGCGUGCGAGCGUAGGACCAAGGACGGGAAGCGGUGCGUGACGGUGCUCGUGCGGGAGAAUUUUGAGACGACGACGCAUAAGGAGAUCCGAAUCACGACUUUGGGGAACGUGGACUCGGGUAAGUCGACGAUUUUAGGCGUCCUGACGCGAGGAGGAUUGGACAACGGGCGCGGGCUCGCGCGCGGAGGCGUGUUUAGGCAUAAACAUGAAAUUGAGUCGGGACGGACGAGCAGCAUCAGCUCGCAAAUAAUGGGAUUCGCGAGCGAUGGAAGCGUGAUUAACUAUCACAAUCCCGAAGUGCGCGAGGCGCAUCAACUUCGGUGGGAUCAAAUUGUGUCGGCAGCUGCAAAAGUGAUUCACUUUUCGGACCUCUGCGGGCACGAGAAGUAUCUUCGAACGACCAUGCACGGAGUCGCUGGAACGCUACCAGAUUUCGCGCUAAUGUGCGUCGAUGCCAACCGUGGUGGCAUUAUCGGGAUGACGAAGGAGCACUUAUCCAUAUUGCUCGGGUUGAAGGUGCCGUUCUUUGUGCUCGUCACUAAGGUUGACAUGGCGAGUCCGGAAAACUUGGCGGCGACGUUGGAUGCGCUGACAACAAUGCUGAAGCGUCCCGGUACACACAAGACGCCGUUCAUCGUGCGCGACGAGUUGGACGUUAUAACUUCAGUGAAGAAUAUUUCCGGUGGCAUCAUUACACCGAUUUUCCAAGUUUCGUGCGUCUCCGGUCAAGGUUUGGACCUCGUCCGGAAAUUUCUGAAUCAUAUUCCCGCGAGACGAAUGCUCAAGCCUUUGGAGGGCGAUCGCGCGCUCGUGCACCUAGACGAUUCAUUUACCGUGCAAGGUAUUGGUACGGUUGUGAGUGGCCUCGUCGUGAGUGGUAAAGUUGAUACGCACGCGUCGAUGCUCCUCGGUCCAGAUGGGAACGGCGAAUUCGUGCCAGUGCUUAUUAAGAGCGUUCAGAAUAAGCGCGUCGCGGUCGAAAGCGUCGCGCAUGGCAACACGGCGAGCUUUGCGAUCCGGCCGAAGAAGGGUCAUAUUCACAAACACGAGGUCCGUAAGGGGAUGAUCCUGUGCGACGUGAGCGUCAAUCCUCGCGCGACGUGGCAGUUUCAGGCGGAGGUCCUGAUACUCGCGCAUCCCACGACGCUCAAGGUUGGAUACAAUCCAAUCCUACACUGCGUCACGGUGCGACAGGCGGCGCGAAUCAUGUCAAUCGAGGGUAAAGACGUUAUGCGUAUGGGUGAUCGAGCUCUCGUCACCUUUGAGUGGAGCCACAGACCGGAGUACGUCAGCGUCGGUACGCGCAUAAUCUUCCGCGAGGGGCGUACGCGUGGCAUCGGGGUCAUUCGCUUCAUAAAUCCCGAUGUCUCGCCCACACCUUUCAGAAACUAUAAAACACAAACACAAAAUCACGGGUGCGACGCAACGACUGCGAUACACGGCACCACGGUCACAGCCGGGGCCGCUUGA